AUGGCGAACCACCUGCUCAUGCACAUCAGAAAAGAGUGUCCUACCUCCGAGGACCGCGCCAAGAGGCCUCGCGAAACAGUUGUUCUGCAGCCGCAGCAGGGGAAGGAGGAAGAGGAGCAAGUCGCGUGGCAAGAAGAGCCGCCGGUGAAGCGAAACCGGCCUAACCCUCAGGCCGAAUCUGAUGCUGCCCAGCAACCGCUAGGACCAGCGCAGCCGUCUGGCGGGUUAAACGUGCGCUCGUCUUCAGCUCCCUUGGUCCAACUUGUCGCUCAGGGCCAACCUGUCCCGCAGCACGCAAGUCAUGGUUUGGGCUCCCAUGCAUUGGCUCCUCUUCCUCAGCCCCAGCUGCUGACUCAGUCCUACGCUCACCACGGAGGCCUGCCUGAAGCUACAUAUCGUCACCAGGAGUCUCUGGGCAAUCUCCUGGCGUUGGUGCAGGGCCGCCUGGACCAUGAGAUCCAAGAACUCAACCGCUUCAAGCUCCUUGUGCAGCUCUUUGUGCAAGAGAGGGAGAUGUGGGCAGUGCGCGACUGA